AUGAAUGAUGUUCAGAUUAUAAUUGAUCGUCAAUUGGGGAAUUAUUCUCGCUUUAAUUAUGACAAUGUGUUGAGAAGAUUAGUAGUGAAUAGUGAGGAAUCAUUCUACGGGCUGCAGAGCGCGUCUUUACCAGCUACUUUUGAACAGGACCCUCCAAUAUUCGCGUGUCGAUUCUCUGAAGCUCCAGGCUACGAUCACAUUGUUGCUCUUGCUAAUGAGGAUGGACGCGUCGCUAUACAGGACACAAGUACUCCAAAGGCGGCUAGUAAGCUGGAGGGGUUCCAAUGUCACAACAAUGCAGUGUUUGACCUGGUGUGGAGGCCGCUACACAUGAACUUUGUUACUGUCUCAGGAGACCACACCGCUUGUUUAUGGGAUGUGGGCGAGGCUGGUCCGCAUCGCGUGCUGGUGUUCGCGAGUCACACUCGCUCCGUCAAGACGGCAGCCUUCCGUCCUCGCGAGCCGUGCGUGUUCGCGACGGGCGCGCGGGACGGCCGUGUGCUGCUGUGGGACGUGCGAGCCGCGCCCGCCGCCGCCGCCGUGCUGAGGCCCGACGACGUGCUGGCCGCCGUGCACGCGGCGCCCUCGCCGCGCCACCGCCGGCCGCGGCCCGAGCGGGCCGCCAGCGUCACCGGCCUCGCCUUCCGCGACGACCGCACGCUCGUCUCCUGCGGCGAGUGCGACGGCAACAUCAAGGUCUGGGACCUGCGCAAGAGCUACGGCGCCUACCGCCGCGAGCCGCUGCCCAUGCACUCCAUCCCCUACUGCGGCAGCUCGGCGCGCAACGGAUACACCAACCUGAUCGUGGACGAGGCCGGCGUGCGGCUGUACGCGAGCUGCAUGGACGACGUCAUCUACUGCUUCAACGUGUCCACGUUCAACGCGCUGCCGGAGAGACGCUACGUGGGACACGAGAACAGCACCUUCUACAUCAAGACGGGCCUCUCGCCCGACGGACGAUACCUGGUGAGCGGCUCCAGCGAUAAGCACGCCUACGUGUGGAACGUGCGGCGCUCGCGGCCCGUGGCGCGGCUGGCGGGGCACCGCGCGGAGGUGACCUGCGCCGCCUGGGGCCGCGCGCCCGACCUCCGCCUCGUCACCUGCAGCGACGACGCGCGGCACAUGAUCUGGAGGGUCGGCCGCGAGGAGCGCAGCGAACACGAGGACUGUGCCGGCCGCGCCGAGCGAGCGCCCUGCGACCAGCAGGACACACCGCUGUGGGGGGCGCUGGAGAGGACGCCCGCCUCCGCCAGGAGGACACCGGCGGCGCCCGGCUCCACCGGUGGGGACCGCGUGCGACACAAGGCCUCCAAGAGAUGUCUGGCGGAGCUCAUGGGCGCCACGAGGGAACGAGACGAAGACGGCGCCGGCAAGAGGCCGCGGACAGAAGAACCGCGCCCCGCCGACCUGAAGAGGCGGGCGGACUGUGGCGAGGAUGGGCCGCCGUCCAAGAAAGAACGUGCGGAAACCGAAGCGGCGCCCGCGGACUUCGCGUACUUCUCCCCUAAGGCGGGUUCAUCCUUCAUGACACCUACCAAGAACUACGACAAGAGAACCUGUAAGACUCUCUCCCCGAAGAGCCCCAGCUCCGCGUCUCCGCCGCAGGUGCUGCUGAAGACCCCCAGUAAAGACUCCCCUCAUAAAGUCAGAAUCGUCAGUUUCUCGACUCCCACCAAGAACUUACCCGACUUCGUGAUGGACGGAGAGGCGCCGCACCUCCGCCUCAUGUCUCCGGGGAAGAAGAAGGCCGACACUACGGACUGGCUCACGAGGAUCGUGAGGGAGAGGAGGGGCAAGGAGAACAACGACAAGCACGCCGCGCCCACCAGCCCCAAGGAGCCGCCGCCGAGGAGGAACUCGCUCACCGACAAGACGCCGCGUGCGCAACCCAAGACGAGGACCUUACUCAAAUACUUCUCCGUCACCAGGAAGGAGUAG